AAAUGAGAUGGAAAUAUCUAAUCAGUCGCAAUCGAGAAAUAUUGUCACUGAAAGUCAAGAAACUAAAAAUAUAGAAGACCAAUCAAUAAAAGAAACACAAUUAAUUGAAGAUAUAAAUAUACAAGAGAACAAAUAUAAAAACGGAAAAGAAUUUUUAGUUACAGAGCAAAGUAACACUACAAAAUCUAAGAAAAAAUCAAAAAAUAAAAAAGCAAAAGUCAUUACUGAGCAAUUGAUUGGAAAUGUUUCCGAUGUAAGCAAAAAAGAGAUACCAAUUGGAGAGUUGGAAGAGAAAAGGGAAUUACUAGCGGAGCCAAAAUUAGAUCAUGAAGUAAAAAUAAAACUCGAGGAAGCCACUACUAAAGAUAUAACACAUAAUAAGUCUACGAAUAAAAAAAUUCCAGCAGAGGAGAAUAAACAAGAAGAUAUUAAGCAGCAAACUACUGAUGAAACUACAGAACAAAAAGCAUUGAGCAGAACGUAAUUGAUGAAUCAAAGAAUACAAAAAUGUGUGAAGAAUCAUACAUAAAACAAGUAGAGGAAGACAGAAAGGAACCAAAAGAAAUUUCUAAAUUUACAAAAACGGAGAAACGAAAACAGAAGAAAAAAACAAAAGCUAUAGUACAAAGUGAAGAAGAUGAGAAAAAAGAAGUUGAAAUAGAAAAAGAUGUUGCCCAAGACAAAUUCAUCGAUUCGUUUAGCAACACAAACAUUAUUGAAGAUACUACAGUUGAAAAGACGGUUGAAAUUACAGAAGAAAUUGCAAAUAUUACACCAUUAAAAGAUAAAAUAGAUGUUGCAAUUGUAAAGGAAAGUGAUGAAUCGUUAACUGAUAUACAAACUGCACAAAUAGAAACAACUGAAAAAUCUUUAGAAAAAUCCGAAGCUGUAAUCAAAAUAUAACAUUACUUUUGCAAAUAAAUCCCAUAAAAGAUAAAGAAAAACAGAAAAGUAAAACUAAAUCUAAAAAGAGAAACGGAAAAAUAAAUCUCAAGAGACAUUUAUGGCUGAUUCUACGGAAAAUGAAACAUUAUCUAUUGCAGAAAACACUACUGAGAUUACAAACAUCUCUAAAGAUAUAAGUGAUACACAGGUUGAGGAAGAUGUCAAAAAUAAAAAUUAGAUAAUGAACCAACUGAAAUUUUACAAUCUUCAAAAGACACAGUUGAGUUACUUGCAUCUUCUAUAAAAAAGGAAAUAGUUGAAAUUCCACUAUCAUCCGAAAAGAGAGAUGAACAAAAAUCCUUGAAUGACGCUGAAAUCGAAGAUAAACAAGAGUCUAAGGAACAAGAAAAUUUAUUAAAAUGUUCAAUGGAAGACAUUACUAGUAUUAUAAAUGAAAAUGUAUCGACUACCAGCAAAUUGAUUGAUGUAACUACAAAAGAGACAGAAUCAAAUUUUGAUAAUUCAACGGAAAAGGAAAAAAGUGUUUCAACUGAGACGAAAUUUAAAGAAAACCUUGAAACGUCUAAUGAGGAAACAAAAGAAGAAAUCAAUCAUAAACAGAACACAUAUGAAGAACACAUGAAAACAUUAGAAACAAAUAAUGCUGCAGAACUACCUGUAGAUUCGGAAAAGAUAAAACCAAUCACGGAGAAUGAACAAAUUAUACAUCAAAAAGAAAAGCUCGUUGAACCCGAGGACGCCACAUCCGAUUAUGACAUCACUUUGACAAUGGUUGAUACAAAACAACAAACUGAAUUGCCUGAAAUAGAAAAACCCCAUUCCAAACCUGAUGAUGACACUUUGGAAUUGUACGAUAUUACGAUAGUUGACAGUGAUCAAAUAAAAUCAAUAACAGACAAUAUUGAAGCAGAUAAACCCGAUGAAAUUGAAGUAGAUAGGUCCAAUCAACAAGAGAACUUUGAUGUUUCGAUCGAGCCCGUCAAACCACCCAAAGUACAAUUCUACAUAGCGGAUGAGAUUUUAGUUUUAAAUUCUGAUCGACGGAGAAACGUUCCAUCGACAUCUAUUCCGCAGGAACAACCCACCACCCAAUCCAAGCUACACAAUUCACAAUACCUUUCCAUUGACCAUGGUUUUUGGCUUGACAAACGAUCUUAUCAUGAAGCUGAACGCGAUCACUUCGAGAACUUAGCUAUUUGCGCAAAGAAAAGAAUCUCGCGCGGUAACGAACCAAAUUCCGACGAUCGUAAUCGUCCCAGAGAUCACGAUGACGAUGGCGACGGCGACAAUUCGGGCGGUAGAUCACAGCGCCCUCAUAGCGACUCGCGUUUGUUCUUCGGCGGACCCCAAACGGAGCGUAUGAUAGCCGAUCUGCCGGGUGGCAUAUGUAGCUGGAGAGACUAUAGCACUUACUUAUCGAAUGAGAGCGAGCGAACGCCGGAUCAUAGCUUGUCACUUGGGACAGUCGACAAUCAAACGGUUGAGUCAGACUCCUUAUUGGAUUAUUCCAAAUUACCAAAUGAUGACGUUCGGUUAUCCCCUGAUCGCCAUUUAACAUCUCCCUUCUCUCAGGAUCCAACAAAAUCUCUGGUAGACCUAGUUUCCGAAGUAAAUCCCGAGUAUUCCGCUGUAUCUUUUUCUAAUAGUUCCCAAAGUUCCGAUCCUAGCAUUCGCAUCCAAUCGUCGGCCUUUGCCCAUCUUCGUCCACGAUCCAAAUUGCAUUUAGGUAAAGAGACGUGGCAAGAUCCCGUGCAGCGGUGCAAUUCAGACGAGGAAGCGGAGACAGAAACGAUUGCCGAAGAAAACAAGAUUGAAAACAGGAUACGCAGGAUCCAGGAUACUGUUGAGGAAGGCCUCGUUUCUCUGCAAACCAGACUUACGAGUUUCGAAGAAACAAUGAAUUACUUGCCUAUGGACAACAUAGAAUCCAUGCUGUCAUCUCUCAUGACUAUGUUGACGGAGCUACGCACCUAUGACGAGCAGAUUACACAGCUUCAAAGGAGAUUAAAUGAGAUUCCUGCCGAUAUUGAGUCUCAAAGGCUUUCGAUAGCUUUGACGGAAAUUCACACCCGUGUAACUUCCCUUCUCAACGAAGCAGGACAAGGACGGGUCGCUGUCGAACAGGCGCGAGUAGAGCGAGAAAGACGCGGCCAAAAGAUUCAAACUUACAAAUUAUUCCUCGAAGAAACAGAGACUUGGCUAAGAAACGUCGUAUCGAAAAUCGACGAACAGCAUUCGCUUAACACCAACAAGAUUUUACAGGAAGAAUUGAGGAAUCGCGCGAAUCGUGUCUCUGAAUACGAGUCAUUACCGGAAGUGAGCGCGCUGGCGAUAGGGCUGAGGAAAGCCCUCGUGAAUGCGAUUAAUCAGCUCGCACAAAAGCAGCAGGAAAUCUGCGAUGAACAAGCUCAAGCUGAUGAUGAAUCAGAGAAAGAUAAUGCUACUUUGGAUGAAGCACCCUCAAUUAAUUCCUCCAUCGAAGGCGGUCCGCCAUCUUUGGCUGAUGUUUCGUUACAAACGGGUCAAAGUUUACUAAUCGACGACGUUGUGGAGAAGAAAGCCCAAUUCACAAAACAAACAUCUACAACGGAAAUUCCAUCGACUACGUGUCAGUCUCUUACGACGCAGACAACCGAGGUUUUAUUACCGAGCGAGGGCGCUCAAACUCAAGAGGCUAUAAAGAUCCUAAAGACCACGAAAGGCGAUCACGAUGUAAUCGAGAUAGCGACCAAAUACCUGCCACCUAAUCUCACCCAAGAGUUGGUGCAUCAGGAACAAUCUAUUUCUUUGCCCAAUGAAGACAUCGUCGUCAACAUGAAGUAUCAGGACGCGAAGAAAACCGACAGUGCCACCAGCGAACUGAACAUCGUCCAUGUUGCGCCGCAGUCUUUUGAGACGAUCCUAGUCGAACCGGAUGAUAUUACUACCGAGGUAGUUGUCGAUGCCGACGGCACCAAAAGAAUCAUCGUGAAAAAAUUGCGACGUACUACCACGGUCAAUAAACAAACUACCCAGCAACACAUGUCCACGUUGUCGACGGCACUCGGAGACGCGCCGCUGAUGAUGCAAGCUUACUCGGAGGCUGCGAUGAGAGAUCAGCAAAUCACCGUGACCAAGACAAGACCAGAUGGUACCAUAGAGACUAUGACGAGACAGAUUUACGGCGGCAAAGUCACCACAGGCGCCUCCGCCGAAAGUAUCAAUGUGGAAGAAUACGAAUCCGAACCUCGGUACACGCACAUGGUGACACAGGGCCAGAUAGGAGAUAUCAGUUGCCGACCGAUCGAAGAGGAAAUACUGACGGAGGGUGGUGAAUAUCAAACAAGGACUUCCAGUGUUCACGCCAUGGUACAGCAAGUCACUAAGCGAAUCAUUAAAAAGACGCACAGAAUUAUCCGGAAAGUUACUAUUAUAGAUGGCAAGGAAACUACUAUCGACGAAGUGAUCGAAGAGCCUGAAGAGAUAGAGAUAAACGAACAGGAUAUACCGCACAUCAGUAUCAAUGUGGUUAAAAGCGAGGAUCAGAAAACUAUACUCCCGGCGAGAGAAACAUUCGAAAUACAACAGCAAAAAGCAACAGGAUCAGAGGUCCCAAUAGAGCGUACUCCUGAGAGUUCGAUGCAAGGACCAUUUUUUGGACCGUUUGCUAAGGAUAUAGCGAGUCAAGCUAAAACAAAAGAAAAAAUCGCAGAGAAACCGACCACGGAAAAAAGUGAUGGCAUCGUGGAAAUUGACACAUUGAACAUUGUAGAUAAAAAUAUAUCGUCAGAAGAACCUUUAAUGACAGAUUCUAAGACAAAGUUAGCAGAUUCCGAACAAAUUGCAAUGCUCUCUCCUCCAGGAGAACAUGUAUCAGAAUUGGAAAAUUUUAUUAAUGUUCCAGAUGAUGAAAACGUUUCUACUGUACAACGUGAUGAAGAUAUAAUACCAAAAGAAAUUGAAACACAAGUGAUGAAAGAAUGCGAACAUUUCUUGACUGAGGUAAAUGACAUAAAUACACUCGUUAUUGAUAAUCAAGCGCUAAUUGAUGCUGAACGAUCUGCCGUUUUGCAGACUCCUGUCGAAGAAAUCCCUGUUUCACAGACAGUACAACCGGAAUCUCUAAAAUCGCCAUUAGAGCCGACCGUAACAGAUGACGAAUCGGUGGUCCCCAAGACUACUUGUAAGUCUGACGAUGCACCAAUAAAAUUCGAAACACCCAAUAUCGAGCUAGAAAACGGCACGGUAGAAGUAGAAAUGCACCACGAUGUUAGCAGCACUGUAGAAACUGAUACAAAUGUCGAUAUAUUGAAUGUCAUUGUGUUAGAAGAGAAAGACGAAAAGGAAGGAAUAUUACAGAAAGACGAAUCACCCAAAAGUAAAAAAGAAGAUAUAAUCUUAACAUCACUUCAACAAUCGGAGCCACAAAAUGGAUCGAUCAUUCUAUCGAGUGAAUUGGAUAUUGUUAAAUCUAACGAAUAUACAGAAAUAUCAAAAGAUAUCGAGACACCACUAAAAGAACAAGAAAUAUCAGAAGAAAAAGAAGAAGAUAAUCAAAAAGAUGUCGAGACACCACUUAAAGAACAAGAAAUAUCAGAAGAAAAAGAAGAAGAUAAUCUAAAAGAUGUCGAGGCACCACUUAAAGAACAAGAAAUAUCAGAAGAAAAAGAAGAAAAUAAUCUAAAAGUUAUGGAGACAUCACUUAAAGAACAAGAAAUAUCAGAAGAAAAAGAAGAUAAUCUAAAAGAUGAAGCACUCAAGCCAGAAUACAAACCGGGAUUCCAUAAGAUUGAAAUAUCUUUAUCUGUGAGUAAAGAAGAUGAAGAAGUGGAACCAUUGGUGUCCAUCAAAACCCAAGCAGAACAGUCCGAGAUUGCUCCGUACAGCAUAGUCAAAGAGAAUGUAGACAUUAGUCUUCCGACAGAUAAAAGAACGACAGAAGUAAUAUACGAUAAGAUUGUACAAACUAGCGCUUUUCUUACAGCUGAAAAGGGAACGGAAACUAUACAACAAAUAGUUACGGCAGACAAAUUUGUCGAUGUUUACAUUGAAUCCCCAGAGCAAAGCAAAUCAGACACGACGAGUGAUGAAAAUAGAAAACAGCAAUAUUACAAAGAAAAGUCAGAGUCCUCAGAAAAACCUGUAGAAGAAGAAUCCAGCACUUCUAUCGCUACAUCGAUUGCUGAAUCUGUGGAGAUUAAUGUUCCAUCAUCUAAUUCGUCUAAACAUGUUAGUGAACAGCCGCAACCGGAUGUUGCAGAAAUUAUCAAAUCUAUUACUGAAUCGUCUUUAAGCUUAGAUGAAUGUUAUGUGGCCGAAGAAAAUGGCUAUCAACCAGAUGAUAAUGACGUAUUGUCGAUUACAUCGAAAGAUGAUCAUGGCAUAAAAAGAAAGAGAAAAAAGAAGAAAAAGCAAAAGAUUCGAUUAAUUCAAGAUGAAGAUCUAACUCAAGUGCCUAAAACCAGUAGUGAUGAUGCAACAUUUACAGAUGAUAGAUUUUCUUUAGAUAGUCCUAAAUUUGAAAGAGAAGAUAACAUAAAAGAAGACAAUGUAAUAAAAGAGGAUAAUAAAGCAAUAGAAAGAGAUGAUUUAGAAAAUAUAAUAAAGCAAGAGGAUCAAGCAAAAGAAAUUAACGUUGAAGAAACAUUAGAAAAAGAAAGUAUUAUUGAAUAUAAAAUUGAGUUAGAUGACGCAAACACUCAAACGACUAUAGAAACAUGCGAUGUUUCGACUUCACUUACUCCAAAGAUAGAAAAGGAAAGCUCCUCCAUGUCUAUGCAAACAUCUCCUGAACCACUACCAUUAACUUUAGAAGAAGAGAUUCAAACAGAUAAAACUGAAGAGAUUCAUAAUGAAACGCAAAGUUUAGAACCCACACUUGAUCUUAUCGCGCAGAAUAUCGUGGAAGAAGCUCCGGAAGUCGAAGAUUUGGGCAUACAAACUAUGACACCCGAAACUACGCCGAUGGAAGAGUUUGCUAUUCAAACUAGUCCAAUCGACGAUGUCCCUAUAAUCGAAACGGAAGAUUCUCAAGCACAAACAAUUGGAAUUGAUGUUUUGUCUACAGAAAUGCAGACUUUACCUGUUGAAGUAGCUUCAAUGAUAACAGAUGAAACUCAGACAAUAAUAAAUACUGCGAUGGAAGUCGAGCAACAAACUACUCCACCACCAAUGGCAGAGAAAGUCAUUCUACAAGAAAGUGGCAUUCAAACAUUAUCUCCAAAAGUACCCGAAUCUUUAGAAAAAGAUGUACAAACAAGUGUCUCGGCUAGUCCGGAACAACCAGAGGUUUUGCAUACAGAUACUCAAACAAUCGCAAUGCUUGAAGCGCCUACUGAAACAAUUGAAACACAAACAACACCCGAAGAAAGUCCUCGAGAGCCGCAAGAAACCGAAAUACAAAUCAAAUCAAUCAAAGAUACUACAAUGCAAACGAGUCCAACCGUUGUCAGUCCAGAACCUGUACAAGUAUGCGAAGAAUCUAUUCAAACCAUCAUCGAAGAAACAAAGCAGGAAGAAUCACAGACUAGUUUACCAGAGGAAAGUCAAACCUUCGAUAGUUCGGUGCAAAUAGAAACAGAAGACCUGAUACCACAAAUCGAAAAGAGUGUACAAAAUAUUCCUGACGUGUGUGAAAUUAGCGCACAAACUUCAUUGGAGAAAGAGAGUCAACCGACCGAGAUGACAUCAAUAUCUCAACAAACAACAUCAAUUCCAACUCAUACCGUUGAGAUAUCUACGGAAGAUUUUAAAAUAGAAACAGCUGAAAAAGAAAAUGCGAAUGAAGCGCCCAUUUUAGAGGAAGCAAUCAAUUUAAAAAAAGAAAAGAAGAAGAAAUAAAAAGAAAUAAUAGAAACUUCAGCAGCACCUGAUGUACAAGUACGAAAAAUAGAAGAGAUAAAAGAGGUAGAAGUUGUGAGUGACAAGCUUUUUACAACGGUUCCAGAAAUUGUCGAGCAGAGAAAAACAUCUGUCGAAAAAGAAAUAUAUCAACUUUCUGAAAUACCUAUUGUAGAAGAUAAUUUAAAAUCAUUAGAUAUUAGCGCGAAAACGGAAGAGGCUACGAUAUCGGAAAGGGACACUACUCCGGAUACAUCAUUUGAAAUUCACGUUCACACGACCAUAGAACUAUCUGCCAGUGACACGCUCGAUAGUGCUACAUCUGCUAGCAAAGAAACGUCUGAUAGUUCGCAGGACACAACAAUUACCGAAGAUCUCAACAACGAAGCGGAUAUUGAAGAUCACAAUAGCAAGACAAUAAAACGACAAAGAAGGAAGAGAAAGCACAAAACCAUAAAGCUCAAUCUGUCUAAAGACAAAUCAGAGUUUGAAUCCAUAUCUGAGCAACCAAUGCAAACCCAAGAUACUACCUUGAAAUCGUCUUCAUCAGAUCAGAUCGAAUUAGAUCGAAUGAAAUUAGAGGAUAUUGCAUCGAAAACUAUAAUAGAAAGUACGACUCAAUAUGCUGAAGAAGAUAAUCAGGACAUACCAGAUAUUUCAACUACUUUGAAUCAAUUUAUGAUCGAUUCAAAUUACCAAAUUCCAGAAACAACAGCAAUACCGGAAGUAGUGCAAACACCAUCAGACCACGAAAAAUCGUCUACAAUUAUAUCUACACAGUCGUCUCCUGAACCAAUGGAUACCACUGAAGAGCCAGAAAUCGAGCAAACUAUUUUCAGUAAAGAAUACAUUAAAUCAGAGUUUCAAACAGAGCCUACAACAUCGCCUGCAACUUUCCUUCUAGAAAAAUCUUUAGAAUAUGAUAUCAAGUCACAAUAUCAAAGAAUACCACAAGCGAUGCAAGCUGCUAAGAUAAUAACUGAUCGAGUGAAGACUCUACAGAACACAAACGAGUCAAGUUACCUAGGUAAUAUUUUACACAUUGCACAUCUCGAAGAAGUCACCACGGAGAAACUCGUGGAAGAACGCUCGUCGGAUGUUCGCAAAGAAUUGGCGCAGCUAAGAAAUGCUGUUGAAGAGAACGACGUGAUAACCAUCGAAGAAUCCUUUGUCACCAUCGUCGAAACAAUCUCAACUUGGCUGGAAACAAUCGAGUACCGAAUCUUUCUGAACAAAGAAUGUCCGACUGGACCCUCUCACGAUGAUGCUAAAAUGUUCAUCGAAUUAAAAGACGAGAUGAAUCAUGUCAAGGAAAAUGUUUGCGAGCUCGAUGACAUUUGGAAGCAACUAGAGCCGAGCUAUCCGGAACAAGAACAGGAAAGAUUACAAAAAUGUAUGAACGCUCUUGAGCACCAAAUAGAGAUUAUCGAGCAUUUUACAACUAAUGGAGAGGAACAUGCUAGCAGACAACUCGCAAGAUGGGACGAAUUUCUGAACGGCCUGAACAAUGUGUAUAGACUAAUCGACGAGCAACGUAAACAACUGGAUAACAUAAUUGAAAGUGAAUGUUCCACACGCUGGAAAUUACAGGAACUCGAUAAAUUGGAAAACAUAAAUCGCUGCCACAUGUCGAAAACUAGUAAACUUCUCAAUAUCACUUACGAAUUAUUGCGCGAUUAUCCAGGCAAAGUUAUACCCGACGAAACUUACGCCGCACACGAAAUGACGAAGAUCAUCGAACAUAGUGUGUAUGUCGAACGAGAGCGUCUUCUCCAAUUGCUUGUUUUAGCUGAAGAAUAUGAGCAAACGCUUCAGGAAUUCGCGCAAAUCACCGACAUUGCUGAAAAUCUACUAGCCAGUCCGAUAUCAGUAACGAAUCUGGAAUACCUUCAAGAGGAGAUGCAGAAACACAGAAAGUUCUUCGUCAACUUGAAUCACUGUCGCGCAAUCCUCGAAUCGUUGGAAGGCAAUCUUGACCCUGAAACUAGAGCCAAACACUCCGGUCUGCACGAAGAGCUUCAUGAUAAAGCGACAGCAUUGCUCGAUCAAGCAGCUUCAAGAGCGCAACAAAUGGCAUUGGCCGCGUCACGAUGGAUGUUAUUAGAGCAAAGUGUGAAAGAAGAGAGAGGAUGGCUCCAAGUUGCGCAUCAACGGGUUCCUGAUCUUCAAACAGUCACCUCGACCGACUACGAUCAAUACAUCUCUUUAUAUCAAUCUCUAUCAUCAGACGUAGCAACCCAUCGUGCACGAUUAAUUCAAUUAUUUGAGGUGGCCUGUAGUCUUCGCGACCUUAUUAACAUCGAGGAUCCCGAAAAUCGUUACGGUGAAAUCUUGGACGUAAUUGUAAAACUGCAAGACAACAUUGAAUCCUCCUUGAGAAGAUUGCUGGCCUUCAGAGAGAGUUGGAAUAACCAAGAAACAUUAAUGAGCCGUGUGGAACAGUGGAUGACAAUGGCUGAGAAGGAGCUCGCCAGAUUACGUCAUCUAUCAGGAAGUUCCAUACGUCAGUUCUGGGAAUUAAAGGCACAAUACGAGGUUCACAACAACAUGCGUAAUGAAGCAGACAAUUGCUUCGAGCAAGCUUUACAAAUUAUACCUUUGUCAGACGAAAUAUUACAACGACAAUUUUAUUACGAAUUGCAAGAUCGUUGGAACGAGAUUAGCAACAAGAUCAACGAGAUUCAAAUAGAUGUUACUCGCAGCAUUUCCUCAGAGGAGAUUUCCUCGAACGAGAAACUGAAGCUAUUUGAAAAGGAGUUAAACGAAUUACGAAUAACUAUUAAUAGCUUUUAUGGAGUAUUGAAGACGAAAGAGGAACUCGAUUUAUACAUCGAGAGACUCACAGUGCUUUUCGACAGAAUUUCUUUCAUUCAGGACGAGAUAGGUCGAUUGGGUCUCUUACCGCAGUCUUUCACAGCAACGGAAAGCGAAAGAGUCGGAGUUUUGUUAUCAUCGGCUCGUUGUAUAGAGGGGCAAAUAGGCGAAGAGCUGGAUUCGGCGCAACUGCUCAGAGAAAAGAUUCAGCUUCUCCAACGCGGACUGGGUCGCUUCAGGAAGGCCUAUAAAAGAUUGUCGACGACGCUGGAUCAGUGCGAGAACAGCGAAAAACAGGAAAGCGACCUGGUGGCCGCGGCUGUGAAUCAUUGUCAAUCAGUCGCAGAUGAGUUGGCGAUUCUCUGGCAAGAUCUAAUGGCGUUAAGACAAAUGUUGCAUAAUUUGCCAACUGGCAUGAGAGUAACAGUAUCGCCGGUGGGCAUCGAGAGAGACCUGUCUAAUAUACAGGAUGUGCACACCGAACUCGAGUCGAGAUGCUCGCGUUUACUUUCAUUGUUGACGAACAGACUCGAAUUGUGGCGACGAUUCGAAAGGCAGUUGGAAGCGGUGCAGCAAUCUGUUCAAGAAGCCGAUUACAUGAUGGAGCUAUUAACCGUCCAAGGCUCUGUCGAUUAUGAUAGACUGCUAAAGGCUACCGAACGACUCGAGGGUCUGAACGGCGAUUUGGGCGCACGAGAAAUUCUCGUCGGCGAAUUACGUGCCGCUGCCGAACCUCUGCGGGAGAGCUGCGCCGUAGAAGUCCGCGAGAGAGUCGACGCCAUAGUAAAUGAAGCCGUGCAAGCCUGGGAGGACACGAGGGCCGAAUUGAGCGCCCUUUGCACCCGAUACCAGCACGCCUGCAGACUCUGGCAGCAGUACAGGGACUCCAGCGCCGCGGUGAAGGCCUGGGUAGACACACAAAUGAACAGUGUGAUAAACUUGCCACCGGAGGAGGCAGUCAAGCAGGUCAAGAUUUGCGAGGAGACACUGGCGGAACAUAAGGAGAGACUGGCGGAAUUGCGCGGUCUAGUAGCACAAAUUGCAUCGGACGUAGGUCUAAAUGCCGAUGGACCCCUGCACUGCGAAGUCGAGGCGCUCGGUCAACGACUCGAGGAUGUUCGGGAAACUUUGUCGACUCUCGCGGAUACGGUAGACGCUCAUGUUCUCAAUCAGGAACUUGCCCGUGGUGAUUUAUGUCAGACAAAAAAUUUUCUAGACUCGGUCCAACAGAAUCUAAUGACGGUGGGUCAAGGCGAAUCUAGCGAGCAGCUUACAGUGUUGCGAAACCAUCUUCUCGCAUUGACUCGAACCGAACCGCAACUUCAAUUCAUCAAGGACCGCGCAUUAGAUAUGUCUGUGCAAGAACCAUCAGUGGUCGAGGUAAUCCGAUUAUGGCAGCGUGUGUUCCAAGAAACGUUUCAACAGUACCACCGUUUGUCGACCCGACUGAUCCGCUCGCAAGACGUGAUUGCCGCGCUGAAACUCUGGGAGGAAUAUCUGACACAUGUGCAGGACUUUCUGUCUACCGGCGUGCCGAGUGACUACAACGGCCUGUCGGAGCAUCGGAAUCUCUGUGAAAUCCAUCGAAAACUUCUACCCGAACAGCAAAAUCUCAUAUUAACCGUACGACAGGAGGAAGAGCACGACAGAUCAGUCGCCGAACAGUUCAACGCCUUAACGAGUCUACACAACGAGACGCUGGCGAGGAUAUUAGAACGACACGCUGCGGUGCGAGACAGAAUAUCGGCCUGGGACAAGUACAGACUGGAUCAAAGUAAGCUGCUAACGUGGCUGAAGGAGGUCGAGAGAGAACGGCAACGUAUGCACCUGCAAUUCAUUAACCUGAGACGGCUUGACAAGAUUCUACAGCGAAUUCAGGCGUUGUUGGACAAGGUGCCGACCGGCGAGACCCAAAUAGAAUCACUCCAGAAGCAGCAGGAGUAUCUUCUGACCGAUUGCGAAGAGGCGCUGGCCGUCUCGAUUCGCAUGGAACACGCCGCAAACGCGCAACGAAUCGCCAAUCUGCGAGCUGGUCUCGAAACCUGGAGAGACUUCGUUCAGAGGGUGCAGAAGCUCUACGAGGAACACAUCGAGCAAUCCAACACCGUCACGACGAUCUUUCAAGAGAUCAGUCAGGCGCUGAGUGCGGCCUUCCACGCGAGACCGGUGAACCUGUUUAAGACGAAGGAGCAAUUGGAUUCGCUUCAGCAUUUGAAGAGUCGUCUGACCGACGCACAACGCAACCUCGAGUCCCUCGGUGUCAUCACGGAACAGUUAAGGGAAUGUCUAAGUCCGAGCGACAUGAAGACCUUAAAUCAGCACGAUGCACUUCUGUCGCAACAAUACGGCGAUCUCGAAUAUCAAUUGGCGCUGUUGCAGUACAGACUUACAGAACGUUGCAAUCUUCAUGGUCGAUGGGAGAACAGGCUGAACAAGUUGUUGACAUGGAUAGAGGACACGACGCUCCGAAUGCAGGAUCACAACGCAAUCGCACUGGACGAGCCUGAGGAAACGGUGAAGCGAUUGGCGAACGAGCUGCAGGCGGAGAUGAGCUUGAAGCAGCGCGAGCUCGAAUGGUUGCAAAAUACGGGGCAGGAGCUGAUGGAUAUCGCCGAAGAGACGGAGAAAGCGAAGCUCCAGCAAUCCCUGGUCGAAGUUAAUAAAAAAUGGAAUUACCUGAUGGUCGAUGGUAAAGCAAGAGCCAGCAAGCUGGUUGAUUUGAUACAAACUAUGAACUCGUUGCUGAAGAGGAUCGUCGAUCUCCGAACUUGGUUGACGGGUAUCGAGGGUCAAUUAUCGGAGACCCUGAUAAUAGAGAAACCCUUGCAGAAGAGCAUUGAUAAAAAGCUCGAAGAUUACAAUUACCUGAAGAUCACCAUCGAGGCCGAGAGCGGUAACAUCAGUCAAGUGUUGAAUCUAUGCGAGAUCCUGCUGAACGAUUGCGACACAUGGAAAGCUUCCUUUAACACAGAUGCGAUAAAGAAUGGUAUGAAUUAUCUGGAAAGACGAUGGAAAACCGUAUGCAUCAAGUCCACCGAGCGCAAGAAGAGGAUCGUGAUGAUUGGGAAAUUGCUGCAGGAACUAGACAAAACUAAACACGAGUACGAACCAUGGCUAUCCAAAACGGAGAAGUCUCUGUCGGAGCUGGAGAAAGAUCUGACCGAGAUCUCAAAAGAGGAAUCGGAAAAAUUAAUGGAGAAGGCUAAAUUGAUCGCCAAAGAUAUCGAGGCUCAUCGAAAAGCCUUGAAAGUCCUCGAGCAGACAUUCGGACGUUUGGCCAAGUCCGGACUGGAUCCCGAUAACUUCAGAUCGCUCACGAGCGAGACGCGGGGGAUGAUCGACAGGUGGUUGGCCGUCGGAAUGAAGAUCAACGCGAUCAUCCCAAGCCUCCAGCAGGAACAGAAGACUUAUCGCGAGUUUGUGUUUGUUCAUGGCGCCGCGGUAGUAGGCCUCACACAGGUAGACGUACGCUUGACGCAGAUGCAACACCUGGCUACGCCUGAACAAAAGUCAUCCCUACGACGGAGACAUCAGCAGUUGAGGGAAAUCGAGGAAGAGCUCGACACGCAAAACGUCACCCUGCAAAAGGCGGACGAGCUGGCGUUGAGGGUCAUGCAGGAAAGCAAUUCCGAUGACGUGGCCGCGAUUCAGCUACUGGUGGACGAGUAUCAGUUUUUGUGGCGGGAUAUCAAAGAGCGGGUAGACAUGUUAAAAUUGGAUCUGGAGAUGCAAGAGAGAUCGGAGGUCGACGAAGCGGUUCAAGUGGAGACCUUGAAAUUCGAGCAGGAUACCGCGGUUCAAGUGGACACUCUACCGAGACUUAUCAAAAUGACCUCGUGUGACGCUUAUCUGAUAGAACUAGAAGCGGCUUUGAAUGAAUGUAGCAACGCCUUAAACACUCUGGAAGCGGCAGUGACGCCCGAUCCCGUUUCCGGUCCUGGACUCAACGCAGCUGCUAAAACUAUCGCUAAACUGAUCGGAAGUUGCCAGUCUUCAAUAGAACUGAUACGCCACUUUCACACUCUGCUCAUGGAAGAUGGCAAGCUGAGUUUAGGAGUUGCUAAGAGUAGCGAAGUGACAGCACUAACAGCUCGAUACGACACACUUAUUGCAUUAGCAAGAACACGUGAACAACAAAUUAGAGAACUCAGAUCGCCCAUCACCGAUGCUUAUGCUUUUCCAUGUGAUCACGAUAAUGGCAGAUUGAUCUGCCCACUGUGUUCUCGCCGCAACUGGGCUCAACUGGACAACGACUUCUGGCGUCUGGAUAAGUGGUUGGAGUUCGCCGAAGGUACCCAAAGUGAGCAGCACUCGCCACCGAACGACAUAGAACAACUGGAGGACGUGAUUCACGAUCAUCGGGAAUUCCUGCUUAAUCUCGACAGCCACAGGAGUAUCGUGACGAGCCUGAACAUAGUCGGAGCUCACCUGGCUGAUCACACCGAGGACAUGGAACGCGCGCGGGAGCUUCGCGAUCGAUUGACGGUGGCGAACAACAGAUGGGAAAAGAUCUGUGCAGCUGCCACCAAGUGGCAAGAACAGCUGCGACACGCUUUCGUAACAAAUCAUCAGUUUUAUCGUAUCGUGGAGGAGUUGCUGGCUUGGCUGGAGCGCACCGAAGUCAGCAUUCGGGCCAGCGAACCCAUAGAUUUGACCGAGUCCGUCAACGUUAUAGAAGCAAAAUAUAACAAAUUUAGGGAAUUGCGAAAUGAUCUCGAACGUUGUGAGCCGCGAGUGAUAUCGUUGCAAGAGGCGACUAAUCAUCUUUUGGAUGAAGAGACGGAAACUAGGAUACGUUUACGAGAACUAAGAUUGAGAUUGCAGUCGUUGAAAAGACUAACCGGAAUCUAUACCCUUAAAUUGGGAACUGCACUCGGGCUGGACCCGCAAGAUGUUGGUCUCGCCGCUACGUCAACAUCUCUGGCAUCCCUUUCACAUGAUCUACUCGACGAAGCUGCCUCUGGAACUGAUCAGCCUCACACUACCAGCACAAAUGCUGACGAGAGCAACCGGACCGUACUGGUGCGUGGAUAUCGCUUCCUAGGAAGAGUCAUACGAGUUUCUCUACCGAUACAAGCUCUAAUGCUACUAUUGCUCGGCAUCGCGUCCCUGGUACCAUCCGCAGAAGAGGAUUACAGCUGUAUGCUCUCCAAUAAUCUCGCCAGGAGCUUCACGCCGAUCGCCUUUUAUCCCAAUGGACCGCCACCGGUAUAACAAUAAUUAGCAAUGUGUACUUAUUUCCGUGUUUGCGUGAUUUCAAAUUCAAGCCAAAUAUGCAAAGAAUAACGAAAAAAAUGUUUCUUUACUUUCCCUCAAUUAUUAAAGGGUAUAAAAGAUGAAAUUUGUACUAUUCUCUAAGUUCCCAAGUAGCAAACUGACGUCAUCGACUUCAAAGGGACGUCAUCGACAUCAAAGUGACGUCAUUUGACGUCAAAAUGACGUACGUUUGCUAUCUGGGUUUAUCUUCUUAAUACAAUUGUAAAGAAUAUAUAAGAGAGCAGAAAGAAUAAAGGUGUAUAAUAUA